AUGAUUGUCGACCACCAGACUAGUGGCCUUCAAAGGAAAAGACUAUCCUUUCUGGAAGAGCUAUAUAUGAUGUAUCUAGAGGCUCUUGAUAUAGAGAUGCUAGACAUUGUCACCAAAGGUCCAUACAUUCCCAUGAUUAUUAGAGAUGAUGGACUCAUAAGAGAAAAGAGUAAAGAUGAAUGGAGUGAUAAAAACAAGCAGCUUGUCAAUCUCAAUGCUAAAGCAAAACUUACAAUUGCUUACGCUCUCAAUCGUGCUGAGAAUUAUCAAAAUACUCAUUGUAUAAUUGCAAAAAAGAUGUGGGAUGCUUUGAGGCAAGCACAUGAGGGAAUAAAUGGAGUCAAGGAAAAUAUAAAGAGCUGUCUAAUUCAUGAAUAUGAAACCUUCAAAAUGAAGGAUAGAGAAUCAAUCAAAGAAAUAUAG